UCUUCUUCUCUUUCUCUCUGUCGCAGAGAUUCUGUCAUCCUGUUAAAAAAAAAAAACCUCAAAUGCUCAAACUUCCUCGACGUCAAACAAUUACUAUAACUCUAUCACGCAUCCACAAUCUCUUAUUCUUGUAACCGAACGGCCCCCUUCUCUUCCACCCCCUUCUGUUUCCUUUCUCCAGCUCUUUACCCCCAAAACCUAAAGAAGUAGUAUUCCUUUUGAUCCUCGCUUUUUUCACCAUUUCAAAAUUUCUCCCCAAUCUUUUUCCUUUUACAUUUGCUAUUUCGCCCUUCAGCCUCCCUUUUUUUGAUUCGCCAACACUUUCCAAUUUCCAGGAUUGGUGCAGUUUCUAUUUAGGGUUUUUGAAAAUCUCUCGCCUCCAUUGUUUCCCUUUUCUUUACCCUCUAGGGUUUCCGUCUCCCUUUUUCUCUGUUCCGGUUUCGGUUUUUUUAUUUCUAGGAUUUUUUUCGUCCUGAUUUUUGUAGAUUUCUUAAUCAACUAGAAAGAAGGAAAAAACUUACAUCUUUUUUCAAUCAUUUUACCUUGGAAAUUUUAGUGGAAUAUGCCCUUCUUUCUAGCAGUAUUUACUGCACUUGCCAUUUUAUUACUUGAGAAACGUUAAUACAAUCUAGGGUUGUUACCUGGUUAAUUAAAAAAAAGAAGAAAACUAAAACUAAUUUCAAAGUUUUCUUUUUUUUCAAGUCAUAUAUUCACUGGGAAACCGUACAUAUUGAAAGAUAAUCCCUUUUUUUUUUGGGAUUAGUUUUCUUUUUUUUUUUAAUUUUGAAAUUUAUUGUCUUUGUUUUUAGUUGCUUUUGUGGCGGUUGGGAGGGUUAGGGGAGGAAAAGCAGUUUAGGAUUGCAUGGGAGAGCAUGAAGGGUGGGCGGCGCAGCAGCCACCGAGCGGGCUAUUGCCGAACGGUUUGUUACCGAACGAAGCUGCCUCGGUGAUUCGGAUACUUGACUCGGAGCGAUGGAUGAAGGCUGAGGAAAGAACCGCUGACCUCAUUGCCUGCAUUCAGCCCGAUGCACCCUCGGAAGGUCGCCGUAAUGCCGUGGCUGAUUAUGUCCAGCGCCUCAUCUCCAAAUGCUUCCCUUGUCAGGUUUGUACUUUUGGGUCUGUGCCCCUCAAGACAUAUUUGCCUGAUGGGGAUAUUGACUUAACGGCAUUCAGUAAGAAUCAAAAUUUGAAGGAUACGUGGGCUCAUCAGGUUCGUGAUAUGCUGGAAAAUGAAGAAAAAAAUGAGAAUGCUGAAUUCCGAGUAAAAGAAGUUCAGUACAUUCAGGCUGAGGUGAAGAUAAUUAAGUGUCUUGUGGAAAAUAUUGUAGUAGACAUUUCAUUUAAUCAGCUAGGUGGAUUAUGUACCCUUUGUUUCCUUGAAGAGGUUGAUCGUUUGAUAAAUCAGAAUCAUUUGUUCAAACGUAGCAUCAUAUUGAUAAAGGCUUGGUGUUAUUAUGAGAGCCGUAUAUUGGGUGCUCAUCAUGGACUUAUCUCAACUUAUGCCCUGGAAACCUUGGUUCUUUACAUAUUCCAUGUUUUCAAUAAGUCCUUUUCUGGACCACUUGAGGUUCUGUAUCACUUUCUUGAGUUCUUUAGCAAGUUCGAUUGGGAAAAUUUUUGUAUUAGCCUCUGGGGUCCUGUUCCAAUUAGUUCACUUCCAGACAUAGCAGCGGAACCUCCUCGAAAAGAUGAUGGAGAGUUGUUACUUAGAAAAUAUUUUCUUGAUGAUUGUAGCUCAAGAUAUGCUGAUUGCCAAGAAAAUCAGGGCCAGCCCUUUGUUUCUAAACAUUUCAAUGUGAUCGAUCCUUUGCGUAUAAAUAACAACCUUGGACGUAGUGUUAGUAAAGGUAAUUUCUUUAGGAUACGCAGUGCAUUUGCAUUUGGGGCUAAAAAGUUGGCAAGAUUACUUGACUGUCCCAAAGAUGACCUCUAUUAUGAAGUAAAUCAAUUCUUUAUGAAUACAUGGGCAAGGCAUGGCAGUGGCCAACGUCCUGAUGCACCAAGGAAUGAUCUGUGGCGCUUGAGAUUGUCAAAUUCAGAAAACACUCAUGGAUCUAAGAAUGUCAGGAACAAUUCAAGCAGCAAAGGAAAUGAUAUUUCCUCAGGGCGUGAAACUCAAGCUGAAGGAGCUCAAGGAUCAUGUGAUGUUUAUUCACAGCAUGUUAAUUAUACAUUGGAAAGCACAACUAAGAUUAGUGAUGCAUCUACUGUUUCUCAUACUCAGAGCCAAAAGAAUUAUGGUAGCAGAAGCAACUCAAAGACCUCUGAUCAGGUUCGACGGGAUUCUAAUUCCAACCAGAAUGUUCAUAAUGGUACGAGUCAGAGAAUUUCUAAAGCUGAGAACUUGGUGACUGAUGUUCAAGGAAGAUAUCUUUUUGCAAGGACGCGUUCUAGUCCUGAGCUUACUGAAACAUAUGGGGAAGUUACUUCUCGAGGAAGGUGGAACAGAGUGUCAGAGAGUGGGAAAACCCGGAUUGCUUCUAUGAGUUCAGACAAUAAUGGGAGGAAGAAUAUGGAAUCUGAUAUGGUGGCAAGCCAUAACGUUAAAUCUUCCGGUGAUGAUCUUCCAUCCAUUAGCCAUGCUUCAACCCAUCAAAGCAUAGAUGCUGCUGCUGCUAAUCCAAACAGUCUUCUAAAUAGUUCCCAAGAUAAUUUAGGCUUGGGAACUACGGGUCAGGACUUUUCUUCAAUUCCAGGUACACAAGGAAUGCAUCAAGCGGAGCAAGAUCUAGUGAACAUGAUAGCAUCUUCUGCAUGUCAUGGCUUUAAUGGUCAGGUUCCUGUUCCAUUAAAUUUAGCUGCAGGUCACUUACCUUUUCCUAUCCAAUCUCUAUUAAUGGGAUACAAUCAGAGAAAUUUGGGUGGAAUUGUUCCUUCGAAUAUUCAAAUGUUUCCCCAAGGAUUCGCCUCUUCUACUUUGGCCCAUUAUUUUUCUGGCAUUGGAUUAGCCUCAAAUCCAGAGGAUCUAAUUGAACCCGGCAGCAAAAAUUUUGAUUCUCCAGAAAUGAACCCAGGGGAAAUGGAACAUGAGUCAUGGCAUGAACAAGACAGGGGCUCUAAUGGUGGUUUGGAUUUUGAUAAUGGAAGUUUUGAAAUGCUUCAGUCAGAUGAUAAGCAACUGUCAACUUCAGCUGGCUAUAAUUUUGUUCCUUCAUCUAGGGUAGGCAGCUCUGGUAAUUCUACUAAAGUCCAACAGAAGUUUACCAAAGAAACUCGAGGAUCAACUAGGGAAGAUCAUGUAGAUGUUUGCCAAUAUCAAGAUAACAGAGGUAAUGAUGUUUACUUUGAUGAAAAAACUGCAAGUUCUAGACCCUUGCCUGCUUCACAUACUAGUUCACUCAGAAGUCAAACCUCAUCAGAAAGUUCUUGGGAAGGGUCAUUGGCAAAGGUCUCUAAGCCAGGUAAGGAGAAACGGGGUAGGAAAACAGCUGCUUCUGUUCUUCCUUCUGCUGCGGGUGGGAAAGGUAAGAGUGUAUCUGAACAUUCCUCUCAGGCAGAUGACAAUGGCAGAGACUGGAAUCCACCAUCAAUAGUGGGCACUGAAGUGGCAGAAAGAACUACUGAACCUGAACCAGUUGGUUCUUUGCCCGUUCCAUGGCAUCAAAUGCCUGGAUUUGAGGCAGCUCAGACAAAUGGCUCAGAUCCACUGAUACCCAUUGCUCCAUUCCUCUUUGGUCCUGGUUCAGGGCAAAGAAUUAUGGAUAAUUCUGGAGUUCCUCCUUUGGCCUUCACAAUAACAGGGCCACCUGUUCCAUUUUUAUUGUGCCCUGUGUACAACAUUCCAGCAGAAACAGGAACUACAGAUGCAUCAACAAGCCAUUUUAGUUGGGAUGAAGGUUUGGAUAACAAUGAUUCUGGGCAAAAUUUCGAAUCAUCUGAGGGGCUUAAUCAGUCUGAGGUGUUAAAUGCUUCUAAUUCUAUGAGAAAGGUUACAUCUCUUGAGCCAUCAGAGAAUAAAUCUGACAUUCUUAAUGGUGACAUUGCUAGCCAUUGGCAAAACUUGCAGUAUGGACGGUUUUGCCAAAAUUCACGGUAUCCUCCACCUCUGGUUUAUCCUUCACCUGUUAUGGUGCCACCUGUCUAUUUACAAGGUCAUUUCCCAUGGGAUGGUCCUGGUAGACCUCUUUCAUCAAAUGUGAAUAUCUUCUCUCAACUUAUGAAUUAUGGACCUGGUAUUGUUCCUAUUACUUCUCUCCAAUCUGUUUCAAAUAGACCUGUCAGUGUAUACCAACGGUUUGUUGAUGAAAUGCCAAGACAUCGCAGUGGUACUGGGACAUACCUUCCAAACCCUAAAGUUUCAAUGAGAGAACGCCAUUCUGCAAAUUCAAGGAGGGGAAAAUAUAGUAAUGAUAGAAAUGAGCACCAUGGUGAUAAAGGAGGGAACUGGAAUGCCAAUUCAAAGUCACGAGCUGCUGGGCGCAGCCAUAGUCGCAAUCAAAAUGAAAAAUCAAGGUUCACGAAUGAUCAAUUGGAGCCUGUUGCUGGUGAGAGCAGAGCUGAUAGGCCUUGGGGCUCUCACAGACAUGAUUCAUUUACGUCAUACCAGUAUCAUAAUGGACCAGUCCGCUCAAACUCUUCACAGAGUAGUUCUGCCAGUGUACCCUAUGGCAUGUACCCAGUGCCAGCCAUGAAUCCCAGGGGGGUCUCGUCUAAUGGACCUACCAUUCCGUCGGUUGUCAUGCUUUAUCCCUAUGAUCAUAAUUCUGGUUAUUGUUCCCCCAAUGAACAGCUUGAGUUCGGCUCUCUUGGACCAGUGGGUUUCUCAGGAUUGAAUGAAGAAUCACAGCUAAGUGAUGGAAGCAGCUCAGGUGGGGUAUUCGAUGAGCAAAGGUUUCAUGGCACCUCUGCUCAACAGUCUUCACCAGACCAGCCUUCUUCACCACACCUCCAAAGGGGACUUUGAUUUUAUUACCAGAUGAGCGGUCCAGAAGAAUUACAAUUGAAAGAUGAGGAUAUUCCCCACCCCCCUUGCUUUUCCAUAAGAGAAGAAAUGAUGGUGGGGGAACCUAAAAUGAGAAAGCCUUCCUUUACCAGGCCAUUUUGGUUCUCAUAUCACUCAUGAAAGCAAGAACUGGAUUUACUGAAUCAGGUAUGCUUAAUGGUUUUCUAACAAGGUGGUCAUCCAUGCGUCUUGGCUUGUGCUUGUAUGUACACUAUAAAUGAUGAAAAUCAUUUUCGAAAGUGCUCUGUUUUUGAAGAUAUAUCAGAGUAAUGGUGAAGGGAACGCAGGACUCGGAGGUUAGAGUUUAAAAGUAGGAUUUUCCUAUACAUUUGUAACUGAAAUAGGAGCUCCUUAGGAUUACAACUGAAUUCUAUGUAUCCUUUUAUAAACUUGCAAUGAGUUUAGGAUUUUCUUCCCCACAAUGUAAUAGGGUUUUCAUUUUUUAGUUUAUAAUUUCAGUCCCUUGUUUACUUUCUUGUUGAAAGUAACCAGUGUAUUAAUAACAUUUCCAAUGCAAAAAAUGAGUUGGAUGAUUAGAAUUUACCAUUUUUUAGAAACAGAAAUGAGAUGCAUUCAAGGUUAAAUAAGUGUCUUUUUUUUUGUAUUAAUUUUUUUUAAUUAUUUGUAAUAUAUUCGACAAGAGUAUGAUUCACCUACUAGUUAAAUACAAAAAUUCCAUGAGAUAAAUUUCUUUUUCAAUUUUCUACCACAAUGCGUGUCUUUACUCUUCAAUCAUACAAGACAAUGUAUUUUUUAAACAAUACUUGAAU